CACAUUUAAGAACCUGAUUGAUAUAUUAAAGAUAAAACCAUUUUUAACUACCGCGUUUUAAUCCUCUGUAAUUAAGAGUUCAAACAUUGUUUUUGGUUUAUCACUUAUGGUUGCACGAUGUGUGUUGUUUUUUCUCACUGUUUUGUGUGUAUAUAUAAGUACGUGGAGUUGGUCAUGUAUCUAGUGUUAGAUUUGAUGACAGUUCUUUUUGGUAUUGCAUCGAGUACUUUCAUGAGAGUAGAGACAACUCAUAUUGAGAGUAAAAUGAUAACUUCAUCAUCCACCACCUCCUAAAUACUCUUCUGUUGCUGUCAUCUUCAUUCGCUUUUUCAAUUAACUUGUCUUCUUACCAGAGAUUGUAACUGUGUCUGUGAACAAGAAGAACAUCCAUGGCUUCCUCUAGUUUCCAAAGAAACAAGCAUUCUCCUUCCUCUGUGACCUGUUUCUACAAGAUUGUUCUCAAACAAAGCCUUGAAGAUGGAAACGUUACGGUACCAAAAACGUUCAGUGGUGUUCCAAAUCCAGUGUAUCUGAAGCCUCCAGAUGGCACUGCAUGGAAGAUAUACUGGUCUGAGUAUGAUGGUGGCAUUCUAUUUGAAAAUGGUUGGAAAGAAUUUGCCUCAUAUUACUCUUUGGAUCGUGGCCAUUUGCUGUGGUUUGGGUGCAAUAAAACUUCUAACAUUGAAGUACACAUUUUUGACAUGACUUUCCUUGAAAUAGACUAUCCUUCCUUGGAUCACAUCAGCGAUGACGAUUCGAUUGAGAUCUUGAAUGAACUGCCGCCACGAGGCUGCCCGAGGAAAACAGAGAAAGCAGCACCAAAGACACCAUCUGCUUCUACAAGUAAAAUGUUCACAAGUUCUGCCAAAACUGAAGGAGUGAAAUGGUGCCCCGAAAUAGACUAUCCUUCUAAGGACCGCAUUGAUGAUGACAACAUGGUUAAGGUUCAGAAUGGACCGCCACGAAGAGGGCGAGGCCGUCCGAGAAAAACAGAGAAAGCAGCACCAAAGACACCAUCUGCUUGUACAAGUAAAAUGUUCACAAGUUCUGUCAAAACUAGGUGCCCUGAAAUAGACUAUCCUUCCAAGGACCACAUUAAUGAUGACAACAUGGUUAAGGUUGAGAAUGAACCGCCACGAAGAGGCCGAGGCCGGCCGAGGAAAAAAUUGAAAGCAGCAGCAGAAGUAUCAUCUCCUUCUACAAGUAAAAUAUUGAGUAGUUCUGUCAAAACUGGAGAUGUAGAGAAGGCCCCUGAUAAACAAAACUGGAUGCAGUGUUGCAAGAAUGAAGAAGCUAGUCAAUCUGAAUGAAGAAUGCAGUGUUGCAGUGUUGAAAGCAGCGUACGCAUAUAUUCCACAUAAAAUAUUUUACAUAUGGCGUAUUGCAUUUCAAGUAAUAAAUAUCUUAUUGU